UCCUUCGUAAUUACUAUCAAAUUGCUGUUAGCUGGCUAGAAACUUCCAUUGUACGUGCAGAUUUUAGGUAAUAUAUAUGCGAAUUUUGUUCAAAAUAAUUAAAGCCUUCGUGAUAGGACGAAGAUCAGGCAUUUAAAGAUAUAUUGUUUAAGACUGGGUCUUUGUUUGUGGUGAGAUAAGGUAUGAUUUUGUGUGUGUAAUCGAGGUUCUUGAGUUUGUUGUUAUUUAUUUGAUAACCAGCGCAAUUGCUCAUCAGCUUUAAUUUUAAUGCAAACGACCGUAAGUGCACUUUUGCCUGAUCAGUAAAUUUAUUUUCGAUGCCCCGUGUAGGAGAAUGACAACGUUUAUUUUUCUUAAACACUGCGUUUGUUUACUAACAACGCGAACACAAAAACAACUCAGCGAGUAACAACAAGCAAGAAGAGACCUCAAUGCGGUAUCGCAUAACAAGGGGCCUAGUAACCUUGGGCUCAUUUUAGCAUCGUUACGCCUUUGGCGGGAACUAGUUUGUGUUUCAAGAGAACUAAUAGUCAGAAAUAGCAACAACACGUGUUGCGCUCACUGAUCACAUUGCUGUGGUAGGCUUAUCGCAUGGAGCGUGCGCUCCAAGCCAACUAUGUGCCAAAAAUCAAUCGCAAUAAUUGGCAGAGCUCAGCUUGCGAAGACACAAAACCGGUUUUAAAUGUGGCGCUAAAAAUUCGGGCCACCAGCAAUUUCAAACUAGGACUGCGAACAUCUGGCAGCCUCGCCAUGUUUGCGAGUAUGGGCACACUGGAAAAUGCGGCACCGCUGACAUUGAAAAGGCGAGAAUUAAACGAUAAUUGAUUGCAGUUUGAAAUAGGAGCGAGAGAGUGCAUGGGUAAAAAUCAAUACAGGGAGCAGCACCGAUGGAGCAGCGCGCCAACUUCCUGGCUCUGACCCUCCUGGACGCCCUGGAGGACGAGAACGAGGCGGAUAUAAUGUCGAUGCUGGAGAGAAACAGCAUAAAUGCUGGCAUCGUGCCCUGCGAUCGAGGACUGGCUCCCUUGCACUACGUGUGCGGCAUGCGAAACGGGGGACUGGCCCAGCGAAUCCUGGAGCGGUUUCUCGAGUGUCCCGACCUCGACGUGAAUGCCCUGUGCGACGGCCAAACCACGGCGCUGCACAUCGCUAGCAUUUAUGGGCGGACAGAACUGGUUAGGAUACUGCUGGAGCGCGGAGCUCGCGCAGACCUGGCUGAUGAGGAUAAUAAGCUGCCAGUUCAUUACGCCAUUGAGGAGUGCCACUUCGAAGUGCUGCAGCUGCUCCGGGAUCACAUCUUCCGCGAGAGGCAGAACCAUAAGAAGCAGCAACAGCGAGUCCAGGUGGUCAACGCUCUAACCCCCAAUCAGCCGAGGUACAAUCACGAUGUAACUUCCCCGUACUACAUUAAUAUCACCCACAGACGGCAUCGACCGCAGCCGAAGUUUCCGGAGCCAACGGAGGUGGAGUGCACCGACAUUCCGGUCCUGCCGGAUGGGGAGUCUGUGAACCUGUUUGCCCUCACAGAAGCUCAUCUUACCCAACUCAUCCAGAGCCAACGGCAGCACCAGCCGGAGGAUCCUUAUCAGCCAAAGCGGCGAACUCUUAUUGAAAGCUGGCGCGAGAAAGUGGAACGCUCGCGCGCCCGCCAGUCCCUGUUCCACCAGUAUGAUGAGCAUGUGGAAGCGCUGGUGGAUGAUGCUAUUAGUCAGGAGGAUUUCAACUAUAAGGAGCACCUGCAGAAGAAGCUCAGAGACGAGGACAAUCCGAAAAAUCUGACAGAGGAUGCUCCAACCUCGGGUCGUCAGGUGUUCGAGAUGCUAGUGGAGCAGGUCUCUCAGGCUGUCGUUGUGGACCCGGAACCCGAGCACAGUUUUUUUACAGCUCAGGGCGACGAGGAGGACUUGACGGAGAGCUCAGCACGCCAGGAUGAGUACUUUCUGCAAAUCAAGGAGGCCUACGUUCACACCGACGACGAGAACGGAUUAGUUUUCUACGAGGCGAAAUACCUACAGAACAGGGACAGGCGGGAACCAGUCGUGCAAACUGCCAAAGAGAGGAAGCACGAUUUGGAAAGCUCCGUGAGCACUAAUUAUACCCUGCCAUUAGACUACGAAACGGACGCCCUGCGCCGGGAGUUGACACAGCUAGGUGCUCCGGUGGGUCCCAUUACCAAAACAACUAAGCGGCUGUACAUCAAGCAGCUAAUCAAAUACAAGCGCAAUACGGAGGCGCUGCUGGCCGCCCAAAAGCACGCCCAGGAGGCGCAGAUCCGAUACUCGGUAGAGCUUCAUCGCACCCUGCGGUCGCCAGAGGACUUUGCGAGGAUCAAUGAUUACUUGCCGCAUGAGGCAACCUCUGCAGCGCAUUUCGCAAAGUGUGGGGUGACAAAAAAGAACAUGCGAGAGGGGCACCUUAAACAGAGCUUCAUCUACAUGUUGAUCGAUCCACGCAUUUCUCGGAAUUUGCCUGGGGAGAGCGCUUUUCUCGAAAAGUUCGCGGUUUGGCAGCGUUUUUUGGACUCCAUUUUUUACAUAGGCAAGGGCAAAUCUUCGCGACCGUACGCUCACCUUUACGAUGCCAUGCGGCAGCACACACGCCUUCACCAGAAGCGCGAAAAGGAUAAGACAAAUAGGGAACGCGGCGGCGGAUUCCGCACCCUACAGCCAGAUGUUUUCCGCUCCCCGCCACCGGGAGAUGGUAAGAUGGGAAGCCGUAAGCUGGAGCGCAUCCUAGACAUUUGGCAACAUGGCAGUGGAGUCGUUUGUCUGCAUGUCUUUCACAACAUCUUGCCAAUUGAUGCAUACACACGCGAAGCGUCCAUAAUAGACGCUCUGGGCUUGAAUCACCUUACCAAUAUAAAGCGCGGCGACUACUAUGGGCCAGCUCAGUCUUGGACCAUGAAACAGAAAAAACAGUUGGGAAUAGCGCUGCUUUUCAAGGCCAUGCACAUCUAUCUGGCGGAGGGAGAAUCCCAGUUGUCGCCAAGCGACCUCCUCUGAGAACGGGAAUAAAAUGUGGUUUCGAAAAAAUAUUUACAAUUAGUACAAAGUGGAACGGCGCAUCUCGAAUAUUCAAAGAUUGAUCUCAAGAUUAAUUACAUUUAGAAAAUGGACAGAAUAAAAAAAUUGGGAAAUUAAUAAUAUGUUUGAAUUCAA